GUAGAAUUAAAACAUUUAUUAAAAACUUAAUUAUAAUGUAGUUAAAAAAAAUUAUCAUUUGCCUAAAAAUUUAUUAAAAAUAUAGUUAUCAUAAGGAAAGAAAUUAAACUCCUCUUUAUUUAUAGAAAAUCUCAGUUUUUGAAGAUUCACAAAUUGUAUUAUCUCCUCAUCCAAUCCCCAGUUCCAGUGAGGUGUUUACUUUGUAUGAUGAGGUAUUUAAUUUAAAUACGAAUUAUAUGAUAACUUUUGAAAGAAAUAAAUUAUGAUUAUGAGGUUAAUUAAAUAUUUCCAACCUUUAUUAAAAACUUAAUUAUAAUGUAGUUAAGAAUAAAAUGACCAUUUGACUAAAAUUUUAUUAAAAAUAUAGUUUUUCAUAAGAAACAAAUUAUACUCUUUAUAGCAAAUCUCCAAUAUUGAAGAUUCACAAAUUGUAUUAUCUUCUCAUCCAAUCCCCAGUUCCAGUGAGGCGCUUACUUUGCAUGAUGAGGUAUUUAAUUUAAAUACGAAUUAUAUGAUAACUUUUGAAGAAAAUAAAUUAGGACAUUUAAAUAUUUCCAACAUUUAUUGAUUAACUUAAUUAUAAUGUAGCUAAGAAUAAAAUGACCAUUUGGCUGAAAUUAUAUUAAAAAUAGAUUUUCAUAAGUAAACAAAUUAUACUCUUUAUUUAUAGCAAAUCUCCAAUAUUGAAGAUUCACAAAUUGUAUUAUCUCCUCAUCCAAUCCCCGGUUCUAGUGAGGCACUUACUUUGCAUGAGGCAUUAUAUUUAAAUAAAAUUUAUAUAAUGACUUUUGAAGGGAAUAAAUUAUGAGGAUAUUCAAAGUCCAAGUCUUAUUCAGCUAUACAAAAAAAAGGAACCAAAUGACCCUUUUCACUUUAUAUUAUUUAGGAUGACAAAUAUUUUAAUAAAUUUCAUAAUUGCUGUAGGCCCUUGUCAGCCAUGUACAAAUAAAUUUCAAUAUCCUGUUACUAACAGGUUUUAAAUAAUAUUUAUUUUCAUUAAUUUUUACCCAUCCAUUAUUUCUAUACCAAUAUAUUUUUUUUUACUUUUUAAACAAGAGCAUUAAUAUAACCUAUUAUAGAAAGGUUAAUAUAGAUGGUUCCCUCAACCCCAGAAAUUGGCUAUCUUAUAGCACUACUUUAGACAAAGUCUUUUGUCUAUAUUGUAUUAUGUUUGGUGGCCCUAAGUCCAAUACUUUUUGGACUCAACAUGGGGUAAAUAAUUGGAAAAACAUAAAGCGUGACUUAGAGAGACACGAAGCAUCUUCUCUUCAUAAAGAUUGUGAAUAUGCAAACAUGACUUGGCUUGCAAAUAAACGCAUUCAAGAUCAUUUGCUAUCAAAUAAGCUUGAUAUAAUCAUGGAAAAUCGUAAUAUAGUUCAUAAUAUUAUCAAUGCCAUUAUGUACCUUAUAAAAUGUAAUAUAGCCUUUUGGGGUUCUAAUUCGAAUGAAGGUAAUUUUAUGUGUCUCAUAAAAUUAAUGGCAAAAACGGUUCCAACUUUACGUGCAUACAUGGAUAACAACGAAAAAUUGCGGAGAAAAAAUCAGAUAAAAUUUCGAGACCUUAUAUAAAUUUACUGUCAUAUGGCCACGUGAAAAAAAUAACUGAAAUUAUUAAGAUAAAAAUAACAAAAAGCAUUAUUCAAACAAAUAAAGAGAAUCGUGCCUAUAGCAUCAUAUUAGAUGGAACAUAUGAUGUGUCUAAAAAAGAAUGCAUAGCUUUGCUUGUACGGUAUAUAGAAGAUGAUCUGCAUCCACAUCCUGUAGAAAGGAUCAUACAUGUUUUUACAACAUCAGAAACCACUGGGGAAAAUAUAAAGAAACAUGUUUUUUCUAAGUUUAAUGAUCUUGGUCUUCCUCUUGAUUAUUUGGUUGGACAAAGUAUGGAUGGUGCAGGGAAUAUGAGAGGAGUAUACAAAGGAAUGCAGGCUUUAAUAUUGAAAGAGGCUCCAAAAGCCAUCUAUAUUUGGUGCCAUGCACAUCGGCUAAAUUUAGUAGUUGCUCAUGUUUGUGGAUGCAAAAUUGAAAUGAAAAAGGCAAUGGGAAUAUUAGAUGAGUUAUAUAAUUUUAUGAAUGGAGUUAGACGUCAAGGUGUGUUUGUUAAAUAUCAAAUGAGAAAGUCCAAGAAAUCUCUUAAAAGAAUUAAAAACACAACAAGAAAUUGGUCAUCAUCCUACAAAUCUGUAGAAAUCUUUUUAGAUGUUUAUGAACAUAUUUUAGCAUCAUUAGUUGAAUUAAAAGAUUCUAAUGACCCAAGCACCUCUUCCAUUGCCGAUGGGUUAUUAUCAAGAAUUAAAGAUGAAAAUUUUAUAUUAAGUCUUUUUAUUUUGAAAGAAAUAUUGAAAUGUACACAUGAGGCUUGUAUUGAAAUGCAGGCAGUUGGUAAUGAUUUGGCUUUGGUAACCAAAUUAAUACAACAUACAAAAAAUAAAUUACAAAAACUAAAAGCUAAUGGAGACAGUUUAUUUUUAAAAUUACAUUCCUUAUCUAAUAGUUUUUUGAAAAAGAAUAAUGUAAUAACUGAUUUGUAUAAUAUGAAAUCAAUAUUCAAAUUGGAUCAAACAGAAUUCAAUAAUUAUGUUGAACAAAAAAAAAACAAAUAUAGAACGGAAAUAUUUUUCCCUGUUCUAAAUGCAAUAAUUAAUCACCUAAAUGAUCGAUUUAAUUAUGAUUGUUUAAAUUUUUUAUCACAGAUAUCCAUUUUUACUCCCGCUGGAAUUAUGGAUAAUGAAAAAAUAGAAGGAUGGCAAAUAUCCGAAAUUUGUAAUACUUAUCAAUUAGAUGUCCAAAACAUUGUUGAUGAAUAUAAUGAUUUUCGCUCUUUAUAUUUGGAGUCUCAAUCAAUCAUUUUUUGCGAAGAUCUUUUAAAAGUUAAAAAGAAUGACGCGGUAUAUAUUGAUGAAAGUAUUGCAAACGAUCAAAUUACCAAAGAAAAUAUCAACAGCGAAAUCAUGACCAAAAUAAAAAAAUGGAUAAAAUUUUCUUUUAUAUUACCAUACCGACUUUUAAAUCAAUUAAAUUCUUAUUCAAAUUUAAAUUUAUUAUAUAAAUAUUUAUUAACCCUUCCUAAAACUUCCUGUUCAGCCGAAAGAGCCAUGAGUAAAGUAAAAAUUAACAAAACUCGAAUGCGGAAUAAAAUUUCGGACCCAUUUUUGGAAAAUUUACUGUUAAUAUCCAGCGAAAUUGAUGUUUUUGAAAAAUUUACAAUUGAUGAUAUUAUAACACAAUUUGCUUUAACAUCAAUAAGGUUAUCCAAAUUAUUAAUAAAAUAAUUAAUGUAUCUUUUUCACAGCGAAUAUAUAGGCUUUUAAAUAAUGUAUAUUUAAUUUAACAUUUUAUAAUUUCAAUGCAAAAUAUACUAUAAUUCAUUUUAUUCUAAUAUUUUAUAUAAUAGCUCUAUUUACAAUACAUGUUUUUAAUUAUGUGGAAUCAAGCUAAAUAUACCUCUUUAAAUUUAUUCGUCUUAUAUUUUUUACAAUAUUUUAGAUCUUUUUCAUAGAAAUAUUAAUAUGUUAUCUCAUUUAAUUCAC